UCAUCGUGUCACGCAAUGCCUUUAUCAGCUCUCAAACAUGGAAAUUCUGAGGACGAUAAUAAGGUAAAAAGCCAAUCGACAGUGCUGCACUUUGAGAGUCCACAACAUUUUGACCACUGUGAGCCAAAACCAGAUAACAGGCCCCUGACCUCCUCAAAGGCAAAGGAACUAGCGCAAUGGAUGACACACGUUGUGCUUGGGAUCAGAGGAGCUGUCUGCGAGGUUGCAACUCAUACGUGCUGCCACGGAAUGACCUUAAAGAAGUUUUUCGGGCUGUUUGCUUUCCUUGUGAUUUCUUGCCAGCUGUGUCUUUCAAGCGAUGUCUUCCAAGCUGGAAAGGUCAACAUUACUGAUACCUCCCAAAAUAGUCAUGGUUGCCAGUCCGUCUCCUUCAAAACACAGUUCCAGGGCUCAGGUGAUAUUAAAGUCUUUGUUACUCUUAGCCAUGGCAACAAACAUAUCAAAAUCCAAGACCCAGCAGCACUAUGGGUAAAAUCGAUCUCUACGUCAGGAUUUAAGGCUUGCGUUCGUGAGGCAGGAAGUGGUUCUGCAGGCAUGUCUGUCAUUAACUGGCUCUCAUUCCAAGGGUCUCAUCAAGGAAUCAAGUCUGGCAUCGUGGACUUUGAUGAAUGGACUACAAGAACACAGUGCAAACGAGUAUCGAUCUUUGAUAACCAAAGUAAUGGUUUUAAGAACAAGCCUCAAGUGUUUAUUUCUGUUCAGCAUAAGCACACAGACAGACCGUAUGACUCCAUGAAUCUUUGGCUGGAAGGCGUCAGCAAGAAGGAGUUUUACGUCUGUAUGAGAGAGCUCAUGUCCUUUGAUGGCAUUCAUUCGGACCUCAAAGUGCAUUGGUUUGCAUAUGACGUGCUACCAUCCAACUGGAACUUCACUGAAGAAGGGAAGAUUCAUUUCGCUGGAAAUGGGGCACCAUUGAGAAAAAAUUAUUUCGCGUUUUGUCAGGAUUUUAAGUUUGAAAACCCAUUUUAUGAGCCGCCUACAGUCUUGAUAUCCGGAAGUCACAAAAACACCACAAGUGCAUUGUGGGGCAACUCAGAAGGUCCCUGUAACAACGCUAUAAACGUUUGGAUAGAGGAAGUCAGUCGGUCGGCGUUUAAGGUUUGCGUUAAGGACAGCCGAGGACUAAGCAAGAGUCAUGACCCAAUAACCGUACAUUAUGCAAUCAUUGGAGACCUUGACCCGUGCAUCAACGUUACGUGCGAUUACUAUGCUGUCUGCAAGGCAUUCGACACAUUUGACGCCCGUUGCGUGUGCGAAGAAAACUGCCCUUCAUAUGAAGAACAAGUGUGUUCAUCGAGCUCGACUACUUUCAAAAACAAGUGCAUGUUUGAGCUUGAUGUAUGUCGACUGAAGAGCAACCACACUGUGUAUCAUCCUGGAAGUUGUAUGGGUUUUCCAGUUCAAAAAGGAAGAAUUGAGUUGAAGAGAGAUGUUUCCUGGGCUGAGACAGCUUGCGAGUUGGUGACUUUUCAGCCAUUUUCAUUCUACCCAGACAAAGAAGUUCACGUACAGAUUACUACCAAUCACUGGAACUCCACCAGGAGAAAUUUUGUGCACGAAGCCACCGUUUCCUGGGUGGAAAAUGUCAAUUACCAAAAUUUCAGGGUUUGUGCGACAGCUGCGGGAAGAAAUGACCGUGGCACAAAAGAAUUUGCGACUGUCGACUGGAUGGCUUACCAGGGAGCUCCAAAUGGUGGUGUGACAGGAAAUACUCGUAUUCCAGAAUGGUGGACCGGAACGAAAUGCAUAGGAAUUAGUCUGCCAAAGGAUAAAUUUGCUGCAACACCCAUUAUUUUGGCGACAGCGGAUCACGUAACUUCAGCUUACAAGCACGAUGCCGCUAGUCUUUGGAUAGAAAAUGCUACCAGUUCUACCUUCCACAUUUGCCUUCGAGAGUUACAAAAUUACGAUGGCCUUCAUGAGGACAUCCUCGUGAACUGGAUGGCUUUUGAAGAAAUUCACCGCCCACUUUUCGCUGAAAGUAGAAAAAUUGACUUUCCUAACAACAGCUCUGUUUCUGCAAACUACAAUGGUGCAUUCUGCAAGGACGUGCAGUUCGCCAAGACUUAUGAUAAGGAGCCUAAGGUAGUAAUCACCGCGAAUCACAAUUCAGAGGGAAACAACCUAAAGCCAAAGUACAUAUCUGUUACUGCAUGGAUAGAGCAUAUCCAGACAUCAGAAUUUCGUAUUUGUCUCAAGGAAUUGUUUGCUGAUCAGCAUGACCCUGUUACCGUGUCUUACGUCGUCCUGGCGGACGUUUGUAAACCAGGCUGGUUUUACUUUUCUGGCUUUUGCUACUCAACAAGUCAAUCAUGCAAAAACUGGACUGAGGCGCAAAAAGCCUGCCAACUAUACAACACAAGCCUCAUCACGGUAAAAAGUCAAGAAGAAAAUGUCUACAUACAGCACCGUCUGAAUGGAGACAAAGGAUGGAUUGGACUUAAUGACAGAGACACCGAAGGCACUUUUGUUUGGGCUGGCAACCAGCUAAGCAACUUUACCUACUGGGCUCCACGUCAACCCAACGAUUUCCGACUGAACGAGGACUGCGUUCACACCUUGGGAGUUGGACAUAAAUUUGAAUGGAAUGACGUAGAUUGCAAGAGUUGUCAUAAUUACACAUGUUCAGAAGACCUUGAUGAAUGUACAGAAAAUAAUCAUGACUGCAGCAAGAAUGGGAUUUGUACAAAUACACAGGGAUCAUUCAACUGCCAUUGUGCCAUUGGGUUUAGAGGUGAUGGUUGGGGUUGUACAGACAUAGAUGAAUGUUCUUCAGGUUAUGGAUGUCCUAGCAAUGCUUCAUGUCAAAACACAUAUGGGUCGUAUACAUGUACUUGUGAUAAUGGUUACACUGGAGAUGGAAUAACCUGCAGAGAUGUCGAUGAAUGUGUACUCAACAAUCAUAACUGUGACGUCAACGCGAAAUGCACAAACACACAGGGAUCAUUUACUUGCCAGUGUAACAUUACAGCCCACUAUUAUGGCAACGGGACAACCUGCAAUCUUUUCCGAGGUCUUGGAAACUCGUCUAUCGUAGGAAGAGACUCGAAGAAAAUGUUCCAGUUAGAUUCCUGGCUUCAAUCUCGCUUACAGAGUCAGUCUAGAAGUUACUGGAAACUGUGCUAUAGAGCAUCUAGCCAUGGUUGGAGUUCACGUACAUUUCACAGCCGUUGUGAUAACCUGGGAAAAACAGUAACCAUCAUCGAAGCUCAUGGUUACAUAUUUGGCGGUUACACCAGUAGUUCAUGGACAUGGAACUCUGGAUACACGUAUUCAUCAAACGCCUUUAUAUUUUCCCUCAAAAACUACUACGGAUAUGGAUACUUUAAAAAGGAUAUCUAUUACUGGCGCCGUAGCUAUGCAACAUACAGCUAUUAUAAUUAUGGUCCGACGUUUGGGAGCGGACAUGAUAUUUACGUUGCUAACAACGCAAAUAGUAACUAUUAUUCUUACUUUAACGAUCGCUCUUACCACGGUUCAUACUCUAGUGAUUACGUGUGGACAGGAAAUAGAAAUUUUCGUGCAGAUGAGGUAGAGGUUUACUGUGAAGUAACAAUUUAAACAAACACUGAACUGAAACAAAUCUUGUAAAGAUGUUAGCGUGGGACAUUCGUAGUUACUCACAGGUGUUUAUUAAUAAGAAGUACUCUCAGUCUGUAAAGCACAAUCGAAAGAAGAGCAUGUUCAUCAUUCUCUUAAAAAAAAAAACAUAUGUAAAACAAUUGAUUGAAAUCAUCUCUCAUAUGCGCCUAUACAAUGUGGUAUUGUAAUGAUAUCAGACCUUUCAGUCAUAUAUACUGCCGUAUUAGACUGAAAUUUGUGUGUUGAUUUGGACACCAAUAAAGAGGAGUGUGCCUGUAGUAGAAAAACAUCUGGAAAUUCUCGUAACAAAAUGAAAUACAAUAAAGAUCACGCGGAUCCAAAAACCCUUAAAAAUUUUUAGUAGGGAAACAUUUACUGUUUUUUAUAAUAAAGUUUUAUGAU